CCAUAACACACACGUGUAAGCAUCGGUUCAUCGAGCCAGACCAGGAAUUUCAGGUUUUGUUCGCUUGUUGCUUCUUUUUGCAGUCUGACUCUCUCACUCUUAUCUACGUGCAACUUUGGACCGACCUUGGUUGGUACCGGACUUAGUGCAGGUACUUUAUUCAGGUACAGUACAGGACUAAGACAAGAGACAAGGUACUAGAUAGCUUGCUGUAGAUUACCGGUAGUACAUCUCAGUCUCCCUGCCCCAGAUCCUUUGGGCUCUGAUCCUCGUGGCCAUCCAUCUCAUUCUCACUUUGGUUCUCACUUUGGUUCCCACUUCGUCUUACAUUUUACACUCUUCUCCUAAAGCCUGGCCGGGUCUCUUAGCAUGUUCUUGCUGUUUUUUUAUCAACCUUUUCUUUGAUUUUGCAACCUGCUAGCGUCAUCCUCCCAAUUUGCUAUUCAUGUUACGUCAAUUGCCGAGAGCCCGUAUUUUUAUCGCCGUGUUGUGCAAAACGCCCCUUUCUCCCACAGCAGCAACGACAGCAACGACAGCGACUAUAGCGACAGCCGGUAUUGCGAGUUGAGAUACACCGAUAUCUAGCGAAAACCUAUACUGAAGCCUACACUGCCUGAGUCGUGGGUCGAGAGCCCGAUAGAAAGGGCCCAAGAUGGUGGCCACUGCCCCUUCGGACGGCAAGAUCUCCCAAUCUGACAAUGAUCGUGACCGAGACGGCGGCACAUCGCCCUCCGACUCCUUAUCUCCCGCUCUUUCGUCAUCUCCGAUGCCUUUCUUACCCGCCCUCGAGACGACUUUCACUCCAUUAUCUAUGGAUAGCAACUUCGACACAAAUACGUCAACGAGCCAGAGUGGCGUAGCUCAACCGGCUAGUAGCCAAUACUCCCUGCACAAACCCGACGCCUCACUUGCGGAUGCAGGGCAUUAUACCGCAUCUUUCGGCGAUGCGCCUUCGCUUCCGUUGCCGAACUUUAGCCCACGCCGCGCUGUGGCUACCAAUCAACAGGAACCCAAUGCACCUGGCCAAGCGCUGGACACUCGGGCUGAAGCAAACUUUGCGUCCGGCGCUGGUGCUAGUUAUAAUCAAAUAGUUACUGAGGCAAACGCUUUUCAGCUUAUGGCUGGAGGAACAGCCGAAGAACUGUCUCAGCUGCAUCUUGCUCAACAGCCUGUUCUCAUAAAGCCAAAGCCUAUUGUGCGCACCGCUUCUACCAAAAGCGUGUCUUUGCGCCAUCCAACGCCUGACCCCAACCCGCGAUCCGUCUCUCGUGCGAGUAACAUUGCCCAACUUGAAGCGACUGCCGAGAAACUUUCCAUGACAUCAUCAAUCGACGAUGCGAUUCGCGAACUACAUGAAGAACAAAAGCGCGUAGAUAGCCGCCGGUCUUCUAUAUUAGCUGCCAGCAUAGCCUCCAUCCCCGAAACCGAGGAAUUUACGAUACCUGCCAUCUCCAAGCAGAUUCCGGUUACCAGCUCAAUACGGGACACAAAUACUGCUGCACGCCACGGCGGCUACUCUCCUGCGGGUUAUGUUAUGUCGCCCAGCUCCAACAUGAUGGCGGGUGCUUCGCGGCUCAGAUCUGGAUCAACAGGGAUAUCCAAAUCAGAUGCUGAUUCUAGUGGAUUGUCUAGACAUGGCCCCGGAAAAGGAUCCGUCCGUAGCGUGCGAUCUAUCACAGUACCAACCCUCACGAACAUUGCCGAGAUAGAGCCAACAGCUCUGACUGCAGCGGCCAUGGAUGAGGCUGAUAAACUGGCCGAACAUGACGAAGAUGAAAUCUUACAUAUACCACAGAUACAAGACAUAGAUCUGACGCCGAAUGCAAAUAUAUACUACGAUUCCAGUGCGCAUGACUAUUGGGGUCAGCCUAUUGCACAGAGUCAUCAACAAGAAGGGUACAGCUAUGCUCAUGACAGGCCUCCCACUUCUGCGGGUUCAGAUGGUACAUUUGAACAGGCAGAGCGGGCGUUUGCUGAUUUUGAUGGUGCUCACUGCUCCCCAGAUGUAGAUUUCGAAGAAUCUGCCAAUUUUCAACCUCUUUUCGCCUCACAUACAACAGGAUCAUCGUUUAUCCCAUCGUUCGACCCCGACUCUAUAUCCGAUGAAAACGAAAAUGGAGUGUCUCAGCCCUUGAUCUCUCCUCCUACUGGCCAAACUACAGUUCGACCUAAAUCAUAUCUAAAUCCUGAUACAGGCGAAAAAAUGCUUUAUUACCCAGCUCGAGUCCCAUUAAUGCUUAAUUUACCACAAAAGCUUUCGAAGAAGCCAAAAACACAGGCUCAAGAUGCUAGAAAAUCGCAAGUACUGAGCGUGAUGCCCAAUGCAAAUCGUCCGUCUACAGCCUCAUGGCUACCUGAACUACACCCUGAACCGCUUUUGGACCCCCUUGGGGGUGUUAUGAAUGACUCGGACCUGACCGGACAUUCUAAAGCAAAGGCGAUUCAUCAAGAUUCAUUUGAGCAUGUACAAGAUGAAAACCAGCUCCCAGUCGAACCUCAUGCCCAGUCUAAUGAUAGCAACCACAGAAUGUCUAGAAUAUCUAUGAUGGACAUCGACAAGCGGAGAUCACAGCUACCAGAUCUAGGCAAUCUCCCCCCUCAACUUCGAGCUAGCGCCUAUUUCGAAUUACCAUCACAGGUGCCCAAAAUCCAACUGAAAGAUGGCUCAGCGACAUCCACCCUUGAUGAUAUACUUAACGCUUCAGCGAGAGCACCAGUGUCGGCCUUCACCGAUCACGCGUUCGCAGGUUCACUGGGAGCAGAAGUAUAUGGCUCUGAUAAGAAACGAAAGUCGCACAUGAAGCGUGCUAGUACCACCGAUCUUCAUGAGUCUAAAAAUCGAAGCUCAUUCUUUCAUCUCCGGAAACCAAGUGCGCUCAGUCGACAUUCAAGCUCUCAGGAGGAGAGGAAAGGCAGAGAUUCUAUCGAUGAUGAAGAAGAAAGACAGCGUCCAUCCACCUCCAUCAAUGGUGAUCAUAUUCAAGGAGAAGAGGGCGAAGAAGAGAAGAGUGAAGAGAGCGAAGAAGAACUCGCCUACCACGGUCCACCUACUACUCUCCUUGCCGAGCUUCAGAUGCGUAAACAACAACAGAAGCUACGCACACGUCCUGCUGCCACCGCGUUUCCCAACGGUAUGCAUUCUACACUCUUAGAACUGGAUAGAGUUGCGGAGGUGGAGCGUCAGGCACGAAAAGGUAAAAGGGUUAACCUUGCUUGGGAAGAUCCAAAUGCCAACCAAGCAGGCGAGGAUGACGAUGAAGAUACGCCACUUGGCCUCAUCCUCGCUAACAAGGGCCAGGAGACGGGCUUAAUUGCUACUAUAGGAGCCCCCCGACCACUCGGACUGAUGGAAAGGCGUGAUAUGGAAGACAACGAACCCUUGAGUGUUCGGCGAAAUCGUCUUCAUGGAAAGGAAGCUGGACCGAUUCAACGCAUGACUCUUUCACGUAGCCUGAACUUGGCUCCAGCCCUCCGCGCGCCUAGUCCACAGCUUCGUGUAGUGACCCCGGAGGGAGAUGAAAUCGAGGAUGAGACACUAGGGGAUCGUAUGCGUCGUCUAAGGUCUCGCGAGGAUAACAAUCCUCUUCCCCAACACCGUCCCGUAAGCUCGUCAUUCUCUGCGGAGUUGCUUAGCCAAAUAGGAGAUGCAUUUAAGGAGGAUGCGGGAAGCAAAGAUACCCCCAAGGAGAAGGGUAGCAGCCCGGUGCCGCCGACUGAGGAGGAAGAAACAUUGGGUCAACGGCGUCUGCGUCUCCAAGCUGAACGUGAAGCACGAGACCGGGAGAUGGCCCGCGUGAUGCUCAACGGAGGACGAUCCAGUGUCUCACCCCAAUUGACAAAACGGCACUCCAUGGCUGAUGUCCUGGGCAAUCAGGGGAAGAGGACUGUUUUGAGCGAUCCACGAAUGGACGCCGAACGUCUCAGACUAGAAGAAGCUGCACGCUAUAAAGAGGAGCAGAAGCGGAAACUUGCUGCCCUUCGACACCAGAUGCCCUCAAACUUAAGUGCGCCCAACUUGGUCAAGCCUGGAGGAUUCAUGUCUGGCCGCUUCAAUGAUGGUGCCGGCGGUGGGUUCGGACAACCUCGAGAGUCCACCAUGAUGGGUGGCUUUGGCAGUGCUUCUGCGAUACCUAACCCUGCGUUGAAUGCAAGCGCAAUGGGGAAUGCUUUCCGCGUGGGUGGUGCAAUGUCUGCCUAUGGUCCGCCAAUGGCCAACGGGUAUGCUAAUCCAUACGGAGCGUCCCCUCAAGUUCAAUCAACUGGUCAAAUGGCAAGCAUCGAACGAUGGAGACAGGGUAUCUCAUAAAACAAGUGGCCUUUUCUGAAGCGUCCAGCAUACUACUCUUGUCCAUAUAUGACGACGAUGUCAGUGGCAUCGCAAUCUUUUCCUUGGUUUAAAGUUUUAGCAUUGUUUCCCCUAUUGGAAGACGGUCAUGUCAUCUAGCUUCACUUCACGGCUUGGCACGUUCUAAAAGUAAAGCAUGGCAUGGUGUUAUGGUGGGUCUGUUGAUAUAUCACUCAUUGUAUUGGAAAAGCAAUCUUGCAUAGAAAAAGGAGGACAGCAUCCAUAUAUUGGGGCGCAACAUAAUAACACUUAUAAUUGUUCGUUCUUGGGCAAUACCAGGCGCAGACCUCGCCGGUGCCUCUAUCUUAGAUAAUUACGCAGGUAUAUUUUACUGUACACAUAAUAGACGCGUGCAUUGCAGUUGAUACUAGAUGUUCCAUGAAUCAUCUCUAGAAUCUCGGGCUUUGGUAUUUGAAGAUACGUACAACCACAGCUAGGUAGCAAAUUACAUGGUACCAUCUCUCUCAACAGGUCAGGUACCUGCAGGAACCCAGAACUUACUUAAUAAGCU